AUGGGUCUUUUAGACUCCUCAGGCGUCCUCCUCAAACCCCACAUCUUCUCAAAGCCCCAGGGGGCCCCCGGGGGGCCCCCUGGGGGCCCCCCUGGGGGCCCCCCUGAGGGGCCCCCUGAGGGGCCCCCAGGGGGGGCCCCCAGGGGGCCCCCCCAGGGGGGCCCCCGCUUGGCCCGGGGUAUGGAUGAGGCCUUUUAUGUGGACUUACCUCCACCUCAUUUGAGAGAAAGAAAAGCCCCCCCAAGACCUAGAAGAUUCUAUCCUUAG